AUGAAACGAUCCUUACAAGAUACUGCUUCACACAACAAGAACAAGAAAAACAAAUCCGAUCAAAAUGCAACCACAGGACCAGUCAUAAUUUCUCUCGAUAUACAUCACAAAUCGAAACUUCUUCCUAUUCGAAUCCAAGAUGUUCCCCAAGCUUUGAAAAUUGAAAUGAUAAUGAAACCGAUAUUCGAAACUUUUCACUUGAAACCUUCACACUUUCAUCAUGACGUUGAAAAUUCCAACAUAGAAAAUUCUGAUAACGAAAAUUCAGAUUCAGAUGAACAAGACGAAAGUAAUCAAGAAGACGAAACUAGUGAUUCAGAUUUGGAAGAUGAAAGUGAUGAAGAAAACCCAAUGAAAAAACAUUCCAAGAAUUCACCCUUUCUAAAUUUUCGAAAUUCAUUGAAUUGGAAACGAGACGAAAAGUUUAUUAUUCAAGAAAUUCUCAAACUCAAAGACGAAAACAAGUUAAUUAGAAUUGCAAAAGUGCUCAACUUGUGGGAGAACAAACAAUUUGUGUUAAAAGCUGUGGAAAAUUGGAAAUUGAUUUAUUGGAUAUUUGAGAAUAUUCCUGAGGAUAGAGAUUUGAUUUUGAAAGCUCUGGAAACAAGCAAAUCGUAUAAUGGAACUGAAGAAAUAUUGAAAUGGUCAGCUAUUGCAAGGAAUGACAAGGAAAUUUUGAUGAAAGCAGCUCAAUAUGAUGGAAUUGCUGUCAGAUUUCCUUCACAAGAUUUGAGAAAUGACAAGAAAUGGUUCAGAGAAUUUGUUUUACAAUGCGUGAAAACCAAAGGAACUGUUUUAGAAUAUUUAUCAGAAGAAUUUAACAGAGAUGAGGAAAUUGUAAUGAAAGCUGUUAAGCAAAAUGGAAUUUCUCUUGAAUUUGCAUCACACGAAUUGAGAAACCAUAGAGAAAUAGUUAUGAAAGCACUUCAAUCGAAUGGAAUGGCAUUUGAAUAUGCAUCUAUUGAGCUACAAAAUGAAAAGGAAAUAGUUUUACAAACUCUAAACAGUUAUAGAUACUACUCUGGUUCUGUAAUUGAUAUAAUCAGAGGUUCAUUUUGCAGUAAUGACAGAGAUGUCAUGUUUGAAGCUGUCAAACAAGAAGGCAUGGCUCUGGAAUAUGCUUCCUUAAUAUUGAAAAAUGACAGAGAUUUGGUGUUACGAGCUGUGCAACAAGAUGGAAACGCAAUUCAAUUUGCAUCCGAUGAAUUGAAACGUGAUCGAGUGAUUAUUUUAGAAGCCAUCAAGUCAGAUGCCAAGAAUCGAACAAAACGGCCAUCAUUUAAGAUUUUGGCGUUUGAGUUCAUUCCUAAAGAAGUUCAAAGUGAAUUCAUUGAAAUAGCUCGUGCAUUGUAUAAAGAUGUAUUUAAGGUUGGAGGUUGGUGGUAG